AUGUUCGGGGCUCUCAGUGUUGACAUCAAGGGGUGGCUUCAUGAUCUGAACAUGCCAAAUAUUCUCUGGCUAUCUGGAAGUCCUGGUUCUGGAAAGACAACAAUUGCUUCAACUGUUGUUGCUGACUUUGAAUCUUUCUCUGGGAAAUUCUUCUUUCACCGUGAUCAGGCUGAAUUUUGUGAUCCAGACAAUCUGUGGAGACACCUUGCUUUGUAUCUUGCACUAGGAAACAAUGCUCUAAAAAAAUCUAUAGCUAAGGCAUUAGAGACACAGAAAGCUAACAUCAGAGGCCUUGAUAUUUCUAUGCAAUUUGAGCAUCUCAUUGUUAAACCAGUUCAAGACUUGUUUCAAGACACUGCACCCAUUGUUAUUGAUGCUCUUGAUGAAUGUGACCAUCAUCACUAUCUUAAUAUUCAGAGAGCACUGGAUUCUGUUAGCCAGCAUAUUGAUCUUCAUAUUGGAGAUCAAGUUUCUGAUCAGACCUCUCAAGAUCUUGAGCUUUACUUUACUACAAGAUUCUUUGACAUGGCUAGAUUGCAAACAUCACUGCCUUUAAAUUGGCCUGGUCCAGAUAAAAUUUCUUUUCUUGUAAGGAAGGCUGCUGGCCUCUAUAUUUGGGCUAAAUCUGCAAUGGACUUUAUUUUGCACAGAGGUGGUGAUACUGAAGAAAGGUUGAAUGUCAUUUGCUCUGACUCUGGGGAAGGCAUUGAUGUUAUUGACACCUUGUACCAGCACAUUGUUUCUGUUGCUUUACAAGGGCUAAGAGAGGCAGAAAAAAGUUCUUUAUCAUCAGCUUUGGGAGCAAUUGUUAUUGCAAAGAACCCACUUCGUUCAAGUGAUCUUGUACAGCUUCUGGGAGUUCAAGACACAUUGUCAGUAGUUAGCCAACUGAGUCCAGUGCUGCUAAUCAGUAGUACAGGCCAUUUGCAUAUCUGUCAUCAGUCAUUUACAGAUUUUCUGCUUGACCAAAAGUGCUCAAAGGAUUUUUGGGUGGAUUCUCAGAAGCAGAGUCUCUGUUUUGCUGGGUCUUGUAUGCAAUAUAUGAGUGCAAAGCUCAAAUUCAACUUUUUUGAUCUGAAAACAUCACACAUUCUAAACAAAGACAUUCUGAACCUGAUGGACCAUAUCAAAAAUGUGAAAUCUACUGCCCUAGAUCAUGCAAGCUACUUCUGGGCAAUCUAUCUGCAAAAGUAUCCUGAUGAGGCAUUACAAAGGAAGAUAAUGGCGCAGAUGGAGGAUUUUCUGAUAAACCAUCUUUUACAUUGGCUACAGAUUAUGAGUAUAAUGGGGGCUGUAAAUCAUGCUGCCCACUUACUGUUGUUGACUGAAAAUUGGUGCAGUUCUAGUAUGUCAGAAUUUGCAAGUGAUGCAAACCAGUUUAUUAUGACAUUUUUUGAGCCAAUAUCUAAUGCAGCACCACACAUUUACAUCUCAGCACUGCCAUUUGCACCACAAAAUUCUAAAAUAUCUCUGCAUUUCAUAAAACAUUUUGUAAAGACUUUGACAAUUGAGAAUAGUCAGAUGAAGUGGUGGCCAGAUAGGUGCCUGAUGAGAAUAAAGGUUGCAUAUUCUCCUAAUGGGAGACACAUAAUCUCUGGUUCUCAAGACAGUACAAUCAAAGUCUGGGAUGCUUUGACAGGCCACAAUGGUUAUGUUACCUCAGUUGCAUAUUCUCCUACUGGCACAGACAUUGUUUCUGGAUCUGCAGAUAAGACCAUCAGAGUCUGGAAUGCUCUGACAGGCCAGAGGUUCAUGGAUCCUCUAAAAGGCCAUAGUGAUUGGGUUACUUCAGUUGCAUAUUCUCCAAGUGGCAGGCAUAUUGUUUCAGGGUCCCAUGAUUGCACAGUCAGGAUUUGGAAUACUGAAACAGGGCAGGGUGUGAUGGAUCCACUCAUUGGUCAUGAUGACAAUGUGAACUGUGUUGCAUAUUCCCCUAAUGGAAAGAAUAUUGUUUCUGGAUCUAAUGAUAAGACAAUCAGGGUCUGGGAUGCUUUAUCUGGUCAGAGUAUAAUGGUUAUUUUCAGAGGCUCUGAUCCAUUCUACACAGUAGCUUUUUCUCCUGAUGGCAAGCACAUUCUUUCUGCAACUCAAUACCGCAUAAUUAGAUUCUGGAACGCUCUGACAAGUCAUUGUCCUCUUGAAGAUGAUGAGGGUUCAGUUUAUUCAGUUGCUUUUUCACCCAAUGGCAAGCACAUUAUUUCUCGAUGUGGGGACAAUACAAUCAAAGUUUGGGAUGCUCUAACAGGUCACACUGAGGUAGAUCAUGUAAGAGGCCAUAACCAGGGGAUAAGAUCAGUUGCAUUUUCUCCUAAUGGCAAACACAUUGUCUCUGGGUCUAAUGGUGCAACACUCAGAAUUUGGGAUGCUCUGACAGGUGUAAGUGUCAUGGGUCCACUUAGAGGUCAUGACAAGAUGGUUACAUCAGUUGUAUUUUCCUCUGAUGGCAGAUACAUUGCCUCUGGAUCUCAUGACUGCACAGUUAGAGUCUGGGAUGCUUUAACAGUUGCAUUUUCUCCUGAUGGUAGAUACAUUGCCUCUGGAUCUUGGGACAAGACAGUCAGGGUUUGGAAUGCACUGACAGGGCAGAGUGUCUUAGACUCUCUUACAAGUCACACCCAUCAGUUUCAUUCAGUUUCAUUUUCUCCAGAUGGCAGAUUCAUUAUCUCUGGGUCUGAGGACAGAACAAUCACAGUAUGGGACACUCUGAUGGGGCAAAGCAUUAUGAAGCCUCUCAGAGGCCAUAACAAUCAGGUGAAUUCAGUUUUUUUUUCUCCUGAUGGAAGAUACAUUGUGGAUCUGAUGAUAGAACUGUCAGAGUGGCAUGCUAGCUAUGUUACUUCGGUUGCAUUCUCUCCUGAUGGGAGGUACAUUGUUUCUGGUUCUCAUGACAAAACAAUUAGACUCUGGGACACUCUGACAGGUUACAGUUUGGGAGAUCCAUUUGAAGGCCAUUAUGAUGGAGUUCUAUCAGUUGUAUUCUCCCCUGAUGGUAGGCAUAUCACUUCUGGAUCUUUAGACAAUAUCAUCAGACUCUGGGAUGCUCAUGAAGCCUGCAUAGGCUUGAAUCCCUCAGCUCCUUCAGUUGCAUUUCCAUCUGAAGUCAGAAAUAAUGUUGAUCACACUGAUACCCCUCACAGUGUAUCUCACACUUUCAAGAGUAAACCUGUUUUCUUUUGUCCCUCUAAGGGACAUGAUAAUUGGAUUAUAGAAGAAGAUUUGGAGUCAUAUCUCUUCUGGGUGCCACCAAGAAAUAAACAUGGUUUAUUCUUACCAAGAACAGUCAAUGUACUGGGCACCAUUCCAACUAUACUUGAUUUUAGUAACUUUGUCGAGGUCUUUAUUGUCCUCCACUGA